AUGUCGCAGAACCUUGAGGAUGCAGGCUACCUCAAGUGUGACACAGAUGAUGCCUCUGAAACCCAUGAGGAGAGCCUGGCAGAAGAGGCCUUCAACACCGUCAACUCCUCCAUUGUGUCUGGCGAGAGCAUCCGCUUCUUUGUCAACGUCAACCUCGAGGUGCAGCCCACCCAGGCUGAGUCUGAGGUGCCUGGUGGCUGUGGGCUUCUCCACACCUCUCGCAAGUACCUGAAGUUAAAGGACUUCAAGGAAGAGAUCCGAGCGCACCGAGACCUAGAUGGCUUCCUGGCACGGGCCAGCAUCAUCCUGAACGAGACAGCCACCUCGCUGGAUGAGGUGCUGCGGGCCAUGGUGCUCCGCAUAGUCCACGACCCCCACACCAGGGAGUCUGACUGCAACUUGGACAUGCUCAUGGCCUUGCUCUUCACGGAUGCUGGGGCCCCCAUGGAGGGUAAAGUUCACCUGCUGUCAGAUAUCAUCCAAGGAGUCACUUCCACAGUCACAGGGGUACAAUACCAGCAGUCAUGGCUCUGCAUCAUCUGCACCUCCAAGUCCCUACUUAGGCGGCACGUGUGCAUCAGUCGCCUGGUUCGCCCGCAGAACUGGGGGGAAAGUUCCUGUGAGGUGCGGUUCGUCAUUCUGGUGCUGGCCCCACCCAAGAUGAAAAGCACCAAGACUGCAACAGAGGUGGGGCGCACCUUUGCCACCAUGUUCUUGGACAUCACUUUCCGCCAGAAGCUCCUGAAGACGCACACAGAGGAAGAAUUCAAGGAGGCCCUAGUACAUCAGAGACAGCUGCUCACCAUGAUGGGCCAUGGUCCAAGCACACUGAGCUACAGCAGACACUCCAGCUUCCAGAAAUCCCACCAUCCCCUGCAGCACAGCGACUUCCUCCACGUGGGGAAGGGCAUCCGGGAGGACCUCGCCCGCAGGUUCGCCGUGUACGCUCUGGACUUCACCGACGGCAUUAUCGGGAAGAACAGGACUGUGGGCAAGUACAUCACCACCACCCUGUUCCUCUACUUCGCCUGCCUCCUGCCCACAAUUGCUUUUGGGACCCUCAACGAUGAGAACACCAAAGGGGCCAUCGGUGUGCAGAAGAGCAUAGCUGGGCAGGGCAUCGGGGGCCUCCUGUACGCACUCUUCUCUGGGCAGCCGUUGGUGGUGCUGCUGACAACCGCGCCUCUGGCCCUCUACACGCACGUGAUCCGUGGCAUCUGUGAUGACUACAGUCUGGACUUCAACACCUUUUAUGCAUGGAUAGGCCUGUGGAACAGCUUCUUCCUGGCAGUUUAUGCCCUCUUCAACCUCAGCCUGAUCAUGAGUCUUUUCAAGAGGUCAACAGAAGAUAUCAUUGCCUUGUUUAUUUCCAUCACAUUUGUGCUGGAUGCUGUCAAGGGCAUGAUCAAAAUUUUCCAGAAGAACUACUAUGGCGGAAGUGGGAGUCACUACGUAGGACGCAAUUCCCUGCUUAGCCUGCUGGACCUAGGCACCAGCCUCAACACCAGCUUCCACACUGCCUUCAACACCAGCCUGAUCCCAGAGGCCAGCCCAUUCCCUGAGCCGGCGCACCGGGACACUGCAGUGCUCAGCCUCCUGAUCAUGCUGGGCACGCUCUGGCUGGGCUACACCCUCUACCAGCUCAAGAAGAGCCCCUACCUGCACCCCUGCAUGCGGGAGAUCCUAUCAGACUGUGCCCUGCCCAUCGCUGUGCUCACCUUCUCCCUCAUUGGCUCCUACGUCUUCAAGGAAAUUAAGAUGAGCAAGUUCCGCUACAACCCCCAGGAGAGCCUGUUUCAGAUGGCUGAGAUGCACAUACAGUCCCUCGGAACCAUCUGCAGUGCCAUGGGCCUCGGCUUCCUGCUCUCUAUGCUCUUCUUCAUCGAGCAGAACCUGGUGGCUGCCUUAGCGAACGCACCAGAGAACAGGCUAGUGAAGGGCACCGCUUACCACUGGGACCUCCUGCUCAUCGCCAUCAUCAACACGGGGCUGUCUCUGUUCGGGAUGCCCUGGAUCCACGCCGCCUACCCCCACUCCCCAUUGCACGUGCGGGCGCUGGCUCUGGUGGAGCAGCGCGUGGAGGGCGGCCAUGUCUAUGAGACGAUCAUGAACGUUAAGGAGACGCGGCUGACCAGCCUGGGCGCCAGCAUCCUGGUGGGCCUCUCCCUCCUGCUGCUGCCCGUCCCGCUGCAGUGGAUCCCCAAGCCCGUGCUCUACGGCCUCUUCCUCUACAUCGCCCUCACCUCCAUCGACGCCAACCAGCUCUUUGAGCGUUUGGUCCUACUGCUCAAGGACCAGGCCUCGUACCCACCCACCCAUUAUAUCAGGAAGGUGCCUCAGAGGAAGAUACACUACUUCACGGGCCUGCAGGUCCUGCAGCUGCUGCUGCUCUGUGUCUUUGGCAUGAGCCCCCUGCCCUACAUGAAGAUGAUCUUCCCCCUCAUCAUGAUUACCAUGAUCCCCAUCCGCUACAAACUGCUGCCCCUAAUCAUUGAAGCCAAAUACUUGGACACCAUGGAUGCUGAACACUGA